AGAAUUGUUAUUCUGAAUCAACAAUGGAGGCACACAGAAACGGAGGCACCAUUCUGGUUACAAUAUAAUAUACAAAAUGUGAAUUACGGUACAUGGAUUGCUGGUUCCUCCAUAAUGUUGCCACCCACAAUGUUUCACGGAGAAAACCUUCUGCGGGCGUCUCAUAAACCGCUUGUGAAACACUUCUCCUUCGAAAGUUUUACACUGGCUAUAAAUGUUAAACAGAAGUCAGGAGCGUAUAGGCAU